AUGGUCGUGUACAUGGGCACAAACCACGAAACGGUCGAGGAAAAACGACUCGCUGCAGACAAAAACCGCACAGAGUACUGGAAGCGUUUCGGUCCCUACCUCUCGGAACGACAAUGGGCUACGGUGCGUGAAGACUACAGUGACAAUGGUGACGCAUGGUCCAAUUUCCCGUUUGAUCAUGCUCGUUCGCGCGUGUAUCGAUGGGGUGAGGAUGGUAUCGGUGGUAUUUCAGACAACCAUCAGUUUAUGUGCAUGUCGUUUGCCUUUUGGAAUGAGGAGGAUGAUAUCCUCAAAGAGCGCCUCUUUGGUUUGACGGGCCACCAAGGCAACCACGGCGAAGAUGUCAAGGAAAUGUACUACUACCUCGACAGCACACCGACCCACAGUUACAUGAAGUACCUGUACAAGUACCCGCAGCGUGCCUUCCCCUAUCAGCAGCUCAUUGAUGAGAACGGCAAGCGUGAUCGUCUCGUAACGGAGUAUGAAUUGACCGACACGGAUGCCUUCAAGGAUGACCGCUACUGGGACAUCUAUAUUGAGUAUGCAAAGGACGAUGCAGAAGAGAUUCUCAUGCGUGUUACAGCUUACAACCGCGGCCCAGAGCCAGCACCGUUGCACAUUGUGCCGCAGAUGUGGUUCCGCAAUACUUGGUCAUGGGGCAUUGAGCCAGAUGAGAACAAGCCUCACCUUGAAAAGGUGAACGCUACCACCGUCAAGGCGCAUCAUUGGAAUUUGGGAGAGCGCUACAUGCAGUGCUCUACCUCUCCUGGUGUCACUUCUCGAUCACCGGACGUAGAGCCUACUCUGCUCUUUACAGACAAUGAAACCAACAAGAAGCAUCUCUACAAUGUCGAGAAUGAAAGCGAAUACGUCAAGGAUGCAUUCCACUUUCACAUCGUCGAUGGCAAGAAGAAGGUGCUGAACCCGGCCAACAAAGGAACCAAGGUCGGUGCGCACUACCAGUUUGAUGAUUGCCCUCCCAAUGACUGUGUCGUUGUGCGUCUCAAGCUCACCAACAAGACCUGUGCCGAUCCUAUUGAUGAGGAAGCGUUUGAUGACCUCAUCGACAAGCGACGCACUGAAGCAGACGACUUUUACUGGCGCGUCUCACCCAUGCCCAUGUCGGACGACUUGCGCAAUAUCCAGCGUCAGGCUCUUGCUGGCAUGAUGUGGAACAAACAGUACUACCAGUUCAUCUGGGAGCAGUGGGCCAAUGGCGACCCGACGCAGCCUGCACCACCACCCGGCAGGAAGAACAUCCGCAACCAAGCUUGGCGACACUUGCAUAUUGAUGAUGUUUUGAGUAUGCCAGACAAGUGGGAGUAUCCCUUCUUUGCCGUUUGGGAUACUGCAUUCCAUUGUAUUCCCCUUGCCAUGAUUGAUCCAGAGUUUGCAAAGAAGCAGCUCGACCUCAUUACGCGCGAGUGGUACAUGCACCCAAAUGGACAGAUUCCUGCUUAUGAGUGGAAUUUUAGCGAUGUCAAUCCACCUGUGCACGCAUGGGCCGUGUUUCGAGUCUUCAAAAUGGAGCGUAAAAUGUACGGCCGCGAGGAUCUCGACUUUUUGGAGCGCGUCUUUCAAAAGCUCCUACUCAACUUUACCUGGUGGGUCAACCGCAAGGACAAUUCUGGGCGCAACUUGUUCGAGGGUGGUUUCCUUGGUUUGGAUAACAUUGGUCUGUUUAACCGGUCGGAGGCAUUGCCAACGGGUGGUACCCUCAUGCAGGCAGACGGUACAUCGUGGAUGGCCUUUUACUGUCUCAACAUGCUCAACAUUGCAUUGGAGCUUUCAAAACAUCGUCGCACAUAUGAAGACAUUGCAAGCAAGUUUUUCGAGCACUUUUUGCUCAUCUCGGAUGCCAUGUCCUUCAAGUCUGGCGAUGAUGAGGAGAUUUCUCUAUGGAAUGAAGAGGAUGGUUUCUACUACGAUGCCAUUACCUGGGGUGGUCCAUACACACAGCACUUGCCCAUCAAGUCGCUCGUUGGGUUGAUGCCCUUGUACGCCACCAUGACGCUGGAGCCUGAAAUCAUUUCUCGCUUCCCAUCCUUCAAGAAGCGUCUGGAUUGGUUUGUUAAGAAUCGAUCAACGGUUGUCAACCGCAACAUUGCAAGUAUCUCAAAGCGUGGAAAAGGAGAGCGACUCUUGUUGGCACUCGUCAGCAAAGAUCGUCUUGUGCGUAUUUUGGAAAAGAUGCUGGAUGAAGAUGAAUUCUUGUCUGACUAUGGUAUCCGCUCUCUCAGUAAAUACCACGAGAAGCACCCCUACUCAAUGCACGUCAAUGGCGAAGAAUUCAAAGUCGACUUUGUCCCCGGUGACUCGAAUUCUGGCCUCUUUGGUGGCAACUCCAACUGGCGUGGACCCAUUUGGCUUGCCACAACAUUUUUGCUGAUUGAAUCCUUGCAGCGCUUCUACAUGUACUAUGGCGAGACACUCAAGGUGGAAUGUCCCAAGGGAUCCGGAGAGUACAUGCACCUCGGUCAUGUUGCUGAAGAGAUCCAACAUCGCGUACAGCACCUCUUCGCCAAGGACGACGAAGGUCGUCGUGCCUGCAACGGUAGCUCCGAUUUGCUCGACUAUGACCCACACUUUAGAGACCACGUCCUGUUCCAUGAAUUCUUCCAUGCUGACGAUGGUCGUGGACUUGGCGCGUGUCAUCAGCUGGGUUGGACGGGUUUGGUUGCCAAGAUGAUUCACGAUACGGGUAUGACUUGUCGAUUGCCCAUGACACCACGAACGCCCAGUACUGCAGCUGCUCACUACUUUGACGAUACGUUUGGCAAGAUGAAGGCAAAACCGCAUCAUGAGCGUCGUGGCACUGGUCGAAGCAUUGGAAACCGCAGCGAUAUCGAUACGGAGCGUGAUCACGAAGAAGAAGAGGAGUCCAAGUCCAUCAAAACCAAUGAUGGCCGUCCAAUGGAGAACAAGGCAGAUGAAGAUUUGAUUGGACACAUCUCUGGUAAGCUUGAGACGUUGCAGACAAAGGGUUUCGCUGGUCUUGAGAGGGAUGAGAUGGUUGCUGAAGGCGACGACGAUGACUAUGAGUCGAAGCUUGACUUGUAG